UUCUCAGUUUUAGAGCCCUAAUCUGGGUGCAUUGGGUUGGAAGGUCAUUCUUUUAUUUGCCGGAAUCAUAACACUCGAUAUAUAAAGUACGACAAACGUUAUCCAUCUGUAAAGUUAUUGUGAAAUUCUUCAAAAACUAAAACUGCAAUGUUUCUCACGAAAAUUCUGAACAACCGCUCAAUUAUAAAAAUGUCACCUCUGAGUGUGUUCCGCACAAAAAGGCGACCAAGUCAAUUUUCUCAACAGCAAAGCCGUGAAUACACACAUCUUAGCCCUCGAGCCAAUACUAAUAGUAGAACACUCUGUUUAGUCCUUUUACCAAUAAUUGAUGUUGGUUGUGCCGCUCACAGUACAUCGUCAUCAAAUAUGCAUUCGGUAAAGCACGAUUCCGAAAUCAUGUCCGAAGAAGCAAAGAACGCAAAGAGCAUAUACGAUUUUACAGUUCAAGAUACCAAUGGCGAAGAUGUCUCUUUGGAAAAGUACAAGGGCAACGUUGUGUUAAUAGUUAAUAUUGCGUCACAAUGUGGCUUGACCAAGAACAAUUAUAAGAAGUUGACAGAUUUGCGAGAGAAAUAUGGCGAUAAAGGUCUAAAAAUCCUUAAUUUCCCAUGCAAUCAGUUUGGUUCUCAAAUGCCUGAAAGCGAUGGGGAGGCAAUGGUUUGCCAUUUACGCGAUGCUAAAGCCGACAUUGGUGAUGUAUUUAAAAAGAUUGAUGUAAAUGGAUCCAAUGCCGCACCUUUGUAUCAGUACUUGAAGGCCAAGCAAACUGGAACAUUAGGCAGCGCAAUCAAAUGGAAUUUUACCAAGUUUUUGGUCAACAAGGAGGGAAUACCAGUUAACCGUUAUGCUCCUACAACAGAUCCCAUGGACAUUGCCAAAGAUAUUGAGAAAUUGCUAUAAGCAGUAAACAAAUCAAAAAACAGAUUGCAUUCAUUAAAACUUUUUAACAGUUUAAAACAAUAUUGUUUAUAUUUUUGGUAAUAUUAUGAAAGAUUGACCAUGUAUUUAAUAAGAGUUUCUAUGGUAUGCAUAUAUAAUAUGCAAAAUAUAAAUUACUAAUAAUAAACGAUCAAAUGUUUUCUCGAUGGAA